UGCUCGCUGUGCGAGAGGCGAAUUCAGUCGACAACGAGCCGCCAUAGCAAACGGACGCAGUGUGCGGAGCAGCGUAAAAACGUGAAACGUAAUCGAAUAUCGAGUUUCGAGUUCCGAGUUCCGAAUUUCGACCAAUGACUAUUUAUAGUCGACGCUUUGUUUACGUAUCGUGACGCGUGUGCCAACUAAACAAAACAGAAUAAAAUAAAUACAAAAUCAGAGCAUAACGAAAUCUAACAGUGUUUCAAGUGAGCAAAGCAAGAAGAACAAGUUGAAACAUGUCGCUGAGCAGCACAACGGAUUAUCCGCUAACUGUGGAGGAGACAACAACAAUAGCAACAAGCGGGGGAGAACUGUAUGCGGAAUUCAUCUCGGCACCGGCAAGCAGCAUGAGUCCGGCUGCAAUUGCGGAGCACAUGCAACAGAAUCAAAUCACCUUUGAGAUUCCCACAGCCCACGAUCUGCGGCACAUUGAUGCACUGCAUUCGUUCAAUGCGCUCUUGCAACGGAUUGGCAACGCCGCUGUCAACUAUGAUUCAUCAGCGAACUCUCACAGCAUCAGCACGGAACAGUUAUCCAAUUCCGUCGUACUCGAUCUGGCCGAUCUGCGGGAUAGCAGCAAUGAGGCGGAUAAGAAUUCCACAUGGGAGCAAAUCUUUGGCGAUGCCGAUAUGCAUGCUAUUGUGAACUAUUUGUGGAUUGGCGUUGUCACCUCUUUGGUGGUGUUAUCCCUUAUCUUCAUACUCUUCAGUUGCUAUUUCUAUCGCAAGUUUCGUACAUGGAAAAAGUGCAACAAGGACAUUCGAGCACAGAUUCAUGCGGCAAGCGACUCCUACUCCUCACAUGGCGCCACUCAUCACCUGAUCAGCUGCGAUGCCCGUCGAUUGCUGCAGCAGUUGCCAGCCGGAACUGGAAAUGGGACUGGAGCUGGAACUGGAACUGGUGGCAGUGUCACAAAUGGAGGCAACAGUGCCACAACGGGGGGCAAUGAGGCAGCUUUCUAUCAAAUUGAAUCGCCACCCUGCUAUACAAUUGCCACAGGACUGCCCAGCUACGAUGAGGCGUUGCAUCAUCAGCCGCGUCAUUUUGCCUACGGCAUGAAGUUUGUGUAUCCCAGUCUGGCGGCAGUGCAUCAUCAUCAUCACCAUCAUCAUAAUCAGCGUGCGUGCAUUACCAACUGGGAGAAGGACGCACUGCAGCGCGGUACGAAUAAGCUGCAAAAGUGCAAACUGUCAGCAACAGACGAUUCCAGGCAGACACAAACGGGAUGGGAGCGGGAGAUGCUGAGGCAAAGUCAGACGGAAGAGGACAAAGCCUCGCCAGCUAUUUGCAUUAACAUGCCGGAUGAGGAGCAGGGGCAGGGACAGAGACAGGAGCAGGAGCAGGAGCAGGAGCAUCGAAUUGUGGUGGCCAAUGCUGCGUCGUCAGAUGCCGCACAAACUUUGCUGCCGGCGGCAGCUGCUGACGACGAUUGCGCCUCAUUGGUUGUUGUUGUUGCCGCGUGAUUGCCCAGCAACUAAAGUGGGCCUUUAUGGGCGAUAUAGGGUAUAGACUGUAGGAUAUAAACUGCAGCCAGAGAUCAUGGUUACAUGUUUAGUCACUUGUAAAUAGUUGCAUCCUCUGGCUCACAACAGAAUCCUAUAGCUUUAUGAGAUGAAAAGAUUUAAUUUCGUUUUAGUUAUUUGUUAUAUCAUGUAUUAUCCAAGACUGAGUAUUAUUUAUUGUCUAUGUAUUAUGUAAUUUAAAAUAAUUGCCUAUCGAUUAAGCCUAAAUGUUAAUAAGCAACAAA